GUAACGUAGUCUAUAUGUUAACACACACAGCCCAAGGUAUGUCUUCCGAUGGUGCGACUGCUGCGGGCAUCCAAAGAUUAUCCAACUGCAAUAAACGCUUGGCGCAAUCUACAUCUCAUUUGAAAGAAACAGAAGUUAUAUGAGUGUCUUCAGAGUUGUCAUCUGGAAAUAGCUGGUGCUGAGUGAAUGAUGACAGAGCAUAAGACACUGGUCAUAGACUUUGAGCCUCGGGUGAAUGACACUGCCCAAGGUGAACAGAACCAACAAAGCAGAACAGAGAAACAACUCUGGGUACGCAGUGAAAACUCUUUCACUUUCAACUUCUUCCCCGAUGGUGCACCAGCAGCACAGGGGGCAGAAACUGCCCUUUCAGAUGUGAAACACCAGUUUGCAGGAUUACAGACAAAAACAUCCACCGCUUCUACAGAACAGGGUUCUGGUUUUGCAUUCAACUUCCAAAUCCCUGUUAGUAUACCAGGGGAGAUGGAGAAAAAAGGCACACCAGUACCCUCAGGGGCUGUAGCCCUGAAAGAGCCCAAAGAGGAAAAGCCUCAGGGCCAGAACGCUCAACAAGUAAUUAGAGCACCUGAGCCAACCACAUCUUCUCAAGCCAAGAAAAAUAAGAAAUCUGGUCAUAAGAAAAUUGCCAGUGAAGGACAGCAAAAACAGAUGACAAACUUGACAGACACAGAAGGGACUCGUGGGGAGGAUGGCACAAUGCUGACUACAGAACAGCAGCUGAAAAGAGAGCUGGACUGGUGCAUUGAGCAGCUGGAGUUGGGCAUGGCUACUCUGAAGGCUACGCCAAAACAGAAGGAGGAGGCCUCUCGUGCCCUUAAGACACUGCGCAGCUCCAAAGCCCCCCUGGCAAAGAAGAGGCAGGUGAUGAGGGCCAUGUCUGGGGACUACAGGAAGAAGAUGGAGGAGGAGAAGCACAAGCAAUUCAAAUUGAUUCAUGCUGCAAUGACAUCGGCUCAGGUCAAAGUAGUGGCAGACCCCGCUAAGAAGUCUAUUUUCCACAGGAAAACGGAAGGUAAAACAGAGACUCUACCCUUAAAAUUAAAUGCAAAGAGUCAACAAGGGAAUUUACAGGCACAGACUCCAAACACAAGUGUGCUGAACCAGGAGAACUCAACUUUUGUCUUCACUCCUGCUAAUGAAGAGUUCUGCUUUAACUUCCUCUGAUUUGCUCUGGGGAAGUAUUUGCUCAAGAAAUCAGUCUUACUCUAUAGAGGAAUAAAAUGAAGCCAUUUUUAAAGUUCUUUGCUUGAAUGCUCUCCAUCUGAAUAAUGGUUUCGGUUGAUUAUAAUGCUAUUGGUUGUGGUUUGAUUAAGUAUUGUAAACCUUUUGAUUAAUAAAAUUUAUUAUUUGGGUAAA